AUGGUCAGCAUGUCGAAGUCGACCACCACAGGCACUGCGACAAAGACAAAGAAGCCGAGUGUGACGAUACAGGCCAAUCCCCCCAAGUCAGGCUUGCCUCCCUCCUCACCAGCCAGCGCUACGAAACGACUUCCUGGCUCGGCACAGACUCAGACCACUCCUGUUACCAAUGGCGUUACCACAAAUGGCGCAGGUCGAGCGAGUCGUAGAGCGCCUCGAGUUACAAUCCGUACUGGUGCCGCAGACAAUAUGCCUGUAGAGAAGAAAGCGACCAUACCGCCUGAGCCCUAUGUCAUUACCUCGAAGUUCAUACUCAAAAAACACAAGGAUAAACCGCCAUCGCUUAUAGUACAUCUACACCCAGCUUUCUGGCGCUUCGACCAGCAAGAAGGCAGCUUCAGCUAUCAAUCGGAGAUGAGACCUUUUCUAGAGCACUUGCAGAAAGGUACCAUACCUCAUGACUAUUUGGAAGAGUUCAGGAAGGAAGGUGUCAGGUUCUAUGACGGCUGCCUUAUUGUCAGGGUUGUUGAUCACAAGAAGUUUGUUGCGACUGACACUAUCGGUUCCAACAAGACUGGAGAUGAAGACAAGCCUUUUUCCAUACACAACCACAAUCAGUUCAUUACUCCUUCGCCGGAUCAAUCACCUUCCAAGACCGACCGACCUGGAUCAGCUUCCGACAAAGAGAAUGUCGAGCCCGAACUAAAGAAGGAACCACUUCCUGAAGUCCCUCUCAGGCUGACCAAUCGACAGCCUAUCGAGUUCUUACAGGUGCUGAGGCCCACAGGUCUUUCAAGAAACAUGGAUUUGAUGCUCGAUUUCAUUGCUCCAGAUCCAAAGGCAAAGAAGCUUCAGAAAGCUGGUCAGCCACCCACGCCUGGCGGCACUGUCCCUCCUACACCUAUCAACGAACGACCACCUCCACUGAAGAAGCAAAAAACACGAAUAGACCCACAAGACCAACUUGUCUACGAGGCUCGAAUUGUCAAUGCUACCGCUGGACCUCUUUACCUCGAACCUGCCACGGACCUGGAACACAUCGAGCAGAUAUACAAGAUGUUGACAGAUCCUCUUUGUAACGAGCUUCCUUCAUCACCCAAAAGCAGGAAGCGAACAUUUGCUGAGCUGGCUGCUGACGAUGCACAUGCCAAAGAGCAGGAACGGUUCAUGCUUAUCAUGGAUGGUAAGGGCUCAGGGACAACUGCUGCUAAUGCCAGUACUCUUGACUCCCAGGCUGGUCUUGCUCCCUUUCAACCCCGUUUCGAGAGGUUCAAUGCUCUUGAUAGCAUUAAGCGUGAACUCAACGAGAAGAAGCAGCGCGAGAACGAAAAGCGAUUGCAAGAUGAUGAGCUCCGGCGCAGUCAACAACAGCAACAGCAAGAAGAAGAGACUAAACGUAGAAAUCAACAAGCUGCUAUUGAGCAUAAGAAGCAACAGGCAAUACAACGCCAACAGCAGCAUCAGAUGCAGAUGCAGCAGCGACAAGAUGCCAUGGCUGGCCAACAACCACAACAGUCUGUUGCUCCAGCACCUCAGAGACGAAAUAACCCAAAUCAGGUUCAACCGAAUGCUAUUCCUCCAAAUAUGCACAACCAGAUCAUGCCUCCGGGCUCAUCUCCGGUUAUCCGUCAAGGUACGCCGCAUGCUGCAUCUUCUCCCCUAGCUGGCCCUCGUCCAAUGAUGAGGAAUGGUUCACAAACUGGUGGCGCUGGCUCACCACCUCGACCUGGCUCUUCUUUACAACAUGGUCAUCCAGUUGCAGCUGGAAUGAUGCGGCAGCCUAGUGGUCAAGGCGGUCCUAGCCGUAAUGGCACACCUCAGAUUCCAGCUGGUACACCUGCUACGAUGAUUGCAACACCUGUUAUACGGCAAGGUACUCCUGCUCACCCAAUGACACAUGCAAGUCCAGUGAAUUUGAACGCAAUGGCUAUGAAUACGCCUCAGAUGGCGCAGGCGACCAUGCAGGGACAAAUGCCGAAUGGGAUGCAUCCGAAUAUGAACCAGCAAGCUCAGAUGGCCGCAAUACGGCGGCAGCAGAUGCAAAGUGCGGCCAUGCAACAGCAGAUGAAUGGACAGCCCAUGAAUCCACAGAUGGUUGCGACUUUGGCUCAGCAGCAGGCUCAGCUUGAAAGACACGCUGCCAUGCAGCAAAGGCAAGCAGCUAUGCAAGGCACGCCACAACCGCAGCACAUAUCGCCUACUCCAACCCAGACUCAAAAUUACCAAGCACAGGUUCGGAAAGCAAUGAUGCAGCAAAUGGGUGGUUCUCAAGGAUCUCCUGCACCGAAUCAGAUGUCGCCUCAGGCAAUACAGCAAAUGCAGAUGCAAAUGCAGAUGCAGAUGCAAGCCCAACAAACGCAAGCCAUGCAAAACCAGCAGGGCCAGCAACCACAACAAGGACAAGCUCGACCUCAGAUGAAUCCUCAAAUGCAGCAGUUACUUCAGAACUAUACGAUGACGUUCUUCAAGCAGGCAAUCACAUUGGAGGCUCAGAAAUAUGGCGGUAAUCCCGGCAUGAUACCUGGUCAGGUCAAACAUCAGCUACAGCAGAAUGCCCAGAAGAUGGCCUUGCAGCAUUUGGGCAAGAUGAGACAACAUCAGGCGCAACAACAGCAGCAGCAGCAACAACAACAAGGUCAGCAAAUGCAGAACGGCAUGACGAACGGACAACAAGGAGGUCAGAUGGUGAAUGGUAAUAUACAAAUGGCAGGCAACAUGAACCCCAAUAUGGCCGCUCAGCAGUUUCAAAACCAGGCUGCCUUUAUGCAGCAGCAGCAGCGACUGCAAAAUGCGCAGGCCCAGAUGCAGCAGAAUUACCAGCAUCAGCUUACGCAGCAUAUGAACCAGCAGCAGGGGCCUAGAUAG